AAAGAGAAUGGGUUGCAUAAGAUUAAGCAAUCAUUAAAUGACAAACUUUUUGACAGUAAACAUAUGUGAACAAAAAUAUAUUUUUGUAAAUCGACUCAUCACCAUAGUCAUAGACCAGCAUUUCAGUAGUUUUCUAGGAAGACCCUUCGAAUUUUCCAACAGCAAGAAAAAAUGGCAGCAAAAUCGACUGAUGAUAUAUUAAGAAACGAAAAAGCUAUGGAACAGUGCUAUGAAAAUUUAAUUGUUAUAGAUAUUGGAGCAAAUUUGACCAAUAAAAAAUAUAGCAGAGAUUUGGAUUCUGUUAUUCAGCGGGCAAAAGACGCAGGCGUCCAGAAAAUAAUGGUAACAGGGACAUCUGUAAAAGCUAGCAAAGAAGCCUUGAGAUUAACAAGAAUAUAUCCUGGUACAUUGUAUUCUACUGCAGGUAUACAUCCUCACGAUGCAAAGUCUUACACUGAUGAGUCCUGGAAUGAGUUGGUCUCUAUUGCUCAAAAUCCAGAAUGUGUAGCUGUUGGAGAAUGUGGUUUGGAUUAUAAUAGAAAUUUCUCAGAACCACAAGAGCAAAGGAGGGUCUUCCGAAAACAAAUUGAGUUGGCUUGUAACAUUCAAAAACCCCUUUUUGUUCAUGAAAGAGAUGCUCAUGAGGAUCUUUUAGAAAUAUUAGGAGAAUACAGUAGUCGUUUACCACCUGUUGUUAUACAUUGUUUCACAGGUACUUCUGAACAUGCCUUAAAUUAUUUGGACAAAGGAUUUUACAUAGGAUUAACAGGUUAUUUAUGUAAGGAUAAGUCUGACAAAGGUGUUCGUAAACUCCUUGUUGAAAACACAAUACCAUUAGAUCGUCUAUUGGUGGAAACUGAUGCUCCAUUUAUGUAUCCCAACACACGUGCCUCUAAACUUCCAGUUCAUGUAAAAGAUGGACUAUCAGAAAGGUCCAUGACAUUUUUACACCGAUACUGUACAUUUCAACGCAAUGAACCCUGUUCUUUGCCAGCCAUUGUGGAAAUGAUUGCUGCCUUCAUGAACAAAAAGCCUGAAGAAAUUGCUUUAUCGACUUCAUUCAAUGCUUUAAAAUUAUUUGGGCUGUCACAGUAAAUGAUGGGUUACAGAAAUUAUUCUUGAGCAAACAAAAGGUGUUUUCAGUAGGAAAAAUAAGAGCCACAUUGACUUGACAAGUUUUAAAAUACAAGAAAAAUUGGUGAAUGUUGUGUGAGUUGUUUAACAGAUAUUUUUAAUUGAAAAAGGGCAGGUUAAACCCGGAGUUUCUUGUCUCCAGUAAUUUUUUAUUCUUAUUGCUAUUAUUUGCCAUUAUUUACCUAUUUAAUUAACCACAUUAUGGCUUAACGUUUGCUGAUCUCUGUUUCUAUAUUGAUAUGUAAUUUUUAUUUGAACCCAAAUGUUCCAGCUGCAAGUAUGAUAAAUGGCAGCUUCAUAAUAAUUAAGCAGUUAAGAUUAUUAUUUCUAUUAGGAAAAAAUAAGAAUAUCAUUUUGAUAUUUUAUCUCCAUUGAUAAGAUGAUGAAGUCGAUAAAGUCGAUUGGAAUAAAUAAAAAAUAAUCUUAAACGUAAAUAUCGAAUUCGAAAUUGUGUAAUUUUAGCUAAAUUUAUUUACGGGAGUUUCCUACAUAAUUUAAUGAUUGAAGAAGAAAUAAGGAACAACGACAGAAAAAGUGGAAACAAUCAAAUCAAAACGUAUUGUUUAGUAAUCGUUCUGUAUAUUAUCGUGCUAACCCGUUACAUGUAUAUUUUUUUACAACAUGGUAUGUAGAAUACCGUUUAAUAAAAGUGAUUUUAAUUAUUAA